AGGGUCUGAGUUUCUGUAAAAGACUCUAUAAGGGUUCUAUAAAGCUGAGAGUGUGGAGUCUGGAGUGUUUUGGAGCUCUGUUGUCGCGCAGCUCUGGAGGAACAGGAUCAGUUGAAGUGUAGAAGAAUGAAUGCUGUCCUGUUCCAAUGCUUCUCCAGCUGAAGUUCAUCUCUGCAAUGAAGAUAUUUCACAUAGAUCAGUGUUAAGCUGCUGAAAGAGGUUAAGUACAAGGCAUCCAGAAGAAUUUCUAGUACUGGUAAACAUUGUUUGCUGUAUCUCACAGAAAAAUGAAGCCAAGUCCAGGCAAAGACAUAAUUAACUGUUUAGACUGUGGCAAGAUUUGUACAACAAAGAGUUCCCUCAAAACACACCAGCGCGUUCACGGAGGAGGUAAACCACAUCAGUGUUCAGACUGUGGGAGCAGUUUUAGUCAAUUAGGUAUUUUCAAAAUACACCAGCGCAUUCACACAGGAGAGAAACCAUACCUGUGUUCAGACUGUGGAAGCAGUUUUGCAACAAAGAGUCAUCUCAAAAUACACCAACGUGUUCACACAGGAGAUAAACCACAUCAGUGUUCAGACUGUGGAAAGAGCUUUAAUCAACGGAGUAAUCUUAAAACACACCAGCGCAUUCACACAGGAGAGAAACCACAUCGGUGUUCAGACUGUGGAAAGAGUUUUACUACACAAAGUGCUCUCAGAACACACCUGCGCAUUCACACGGGAGAGAAACCGUAUUACUGCUCAGACUGUGGCAGUAGUUUUGGUCAACUGAGUACCUUCCAAACACACCAGCGUGUUCACACAGGAGAGAAACCGCAUCACUGCUCAGACUGUGAAAAGACUUUUACUACACAGAGUGAUCUCAACAAACAUCAGCACAUUCACACUGGAGAGAAACCGUAUCCCUGCUCAGACUGUGGAAGCAGUUUUAGUCAACUGAGUGCUCUCAAAACACACCAGCGUGUUCACACAGGAGAGAAACCGCAUUACUGCUCUGAAUGUGGGAGCAGUUUUAGCCAACUGAGUAUUCUCAAUACACAUCAGCGCAUUCACACAGGAGAGAAACCGCAUUACUGCUCAGACUGUGGGAGGAACUUCAGACAUUUCAUUACAUUUCAGAGACAUAAGUGCACAUCAGUCACAGGAGUGGGCAUUAACGCAUCCCUGAUCCCAGACCAUAUCGUAAAGUGGAGUGAGGACACCCCGACCUAAAGGUCCUGCAUUAAUUGUUUUCCAAAUGUAUAUUCUUGAGUGAUUUCUGAUCUUUAAUAUAUAUCUCUAUAUAUAUGGCUGUGUCACAUACAGUCAAUACAAAAACUUGAAUAUAGAUUGGAGUUGUUUUCUGCAUUUUAAAGACACUUUUUCUGUGUUGGAAAGAAAAUGUGAAUUAAAAUGUCGUGAGCUUGACCAAAAGGAAUGUAUAAAAAGGACGUGAAGAGAUACCUAA